ACCUGGGACGCACGAGGAAAUGACGUUUGCCUUGCCUCGGGUGGGAUUUAUGGAGUCUCUGAUUGUCAUUGAGGGGCUCGCCUGUGAGAAAAUAUACAUCUGCUCCUCCGGAGUAUUGCAAAGUCGAUCCAAACCACGGACAGGCUUGUGUUCUGUGCCCAAAUGACAUCGGAUCGGAGCAAUCUGACAUCGGAGAUAAUGAGGUGAUAGGGUCCCAUCGCCCGAUGCACGUGACCAUCGGAGAUUAGGGCACGCAUGGCUCUCUCCUCAUUCAAUCAAGCAAGAAAUACAAUAGGGAGGGAAUGAAUGGAAUAUUAUACUAGCUAUCAGAUUAGCUUAGGCGUGCAAAUCGAAUCUGUCUCGCUCGUAUGACUCCUGUUUGAUACACGAUGCAUUGCAAACUUUUGUUAUCGGGCGACCGAGCCGACUUCACCACGCUCGCACUCGAUCUCGACAAGAAGAAGCUGAGCAUCCUCGCAAACUACGCCGCCCCUUACAAUGCUUCCUGGGUCGAGCCCGUGUCUUCGCAAGGCAGCGUUGACCAAUUACUCGGGCUAUCCGAGGGUGAUGACGCCGGCCUGCUUUACAGCUUCGAAGUUGAUCAUGCACACAAGGCUUGCAAAAUCACCAGCCAGCAGCCGACCCUGGGAGCGCCGGGUCACUUCCUUACACUGCGCGAUAAAUCUGCACUGGCGCUGGCGACGUAUCUAGGAGGUUCCAUUGCUCUCUACCCCAUCUCAGUCACCAAGUCCGGCACGCUACUGCUCGAAGACAUCCCCCGAACCGAGAUCAUCCCAAAUUUCCCCUACCGGGACGCGGGACACGGCCCGAACCAAGGCCGACAGCGACAAUGCCAUGUUCAUCAGAUCCUUGAAGACCAACGCGGGUUACUAUACGCUCCAGACCUGGGAUCCGACCGAGUGUGGCUCCUCCGGCGCGAGGGGGUGCAGAAGCUGGACAUCUGCGGCUGGCUGCAGUGUCCCCCGGGAACAGGGGCUCGGCAUGCCGUAUUCAGUCCGGAUGAGAGAAUCAUGUACGUGAUCGGAGAGCUCUCACACACCGUCCUCGCCUUCGACCUCUCCGAUGGCCCCGCCGAAGCCAUCCCGCCCAUCGCUGGCUUCGCUCCCAACAUCAUACCCCCGGAGGUCCACCCCGACCAUCAGUUCAUGAUGGACUCUUCCGAGAUUUGUCUGCAUCCUUCGAUUCCCAACGUUCUCUAUGUCAGUAAUCGGUGGGAACGGCACAUCGCGCGCCGCGAACCGCAUCUGCAGAACGUCCCGCAGCAGCCCCCGCCCGGCGAUGCGAUUGCCAUCAUCUUGCUAUCGGACGACGGCAGGAGUGUCAAGGCGAUCAAGCACGUGCGCACCAAGCUCGAUGUCAUCCGUGGGAUGCGGGUCAGCGACGACGGCAGGUACGUCGUGGCGGCAGGGCAGGAGGGUGGUGGUGUCGAGGUCUACGAGAUUAGCGGAGAUCGAGGCGAUGUGUGGACCCUGGUGGCUGGGUUGAAUGAGGGAUUGGAGAGUGGCAUUAAACAUGCUGUCUGGCUAUAG